AUGAACGGCGAGGAUCCCCAAGAGCGCCCCGACUUCAUUCGCGCCAUCAUCUCCGGUCUCGAGCGUUACAACCCCGAAGCCGCUGGCACUCUCGAAGCCUACCUCACCCAGCAAUGUGAGGAGAAGUUCUGCGACUGCAACGCCAACCGCGCGCUGCUCAAGCUCUACCAACUCAACCCCGACCGCAUCAAGGAUGAGGUCAUCACCAACAUCCUCGUCAAGGCCAUGACCCAGUUCCCCUCGCCCCAGUUCGACCUCUCCCUCCACCUCCUCAGCCCCUCGCAGUCCAACCCGGGCCCCAACUCGUCCUCGGAGCUCACCGAGGCCGUGUCCAAGCUGCGCGCCCUCAACGCCCAGCUCGAGGGCGCCGAGUACGCCCGCUUCUGGGCCACCCUCGACAGCGACGACCUGUACGCCGACCUGACCACCGACAUCGCCGGCUUCGAGGACAUGAUCCGCGUCCGCAUCGCCCAGCUCGUCGGCCAGUCGUACCGCGAGAUCCAGUUCGCCGUUCUCGAGAGCUGGCUUGGCCUCAACAACGCCGAGGCCACCACCCAGUUCAUCACCGAGACGUGCGGCUGGAAGGUCGAGGGCGAUCUCGUCCAGAUCCCCAAGAACGCCGAGAACGAGGCGCGCAAGGCCGAGAUCCGCGAGGACGUCAACGUCGACAUGUUCGCGAGGGUGAUCAAGCGCAGCUGGGAGGAGUCUGCUUAA